CACGCAACUUUCGCACCUCCCAAAGGUCCCCACGCCCUCUCCACUGCUCAUCGCGUUGCUUUCAGUGAAAUGAAUGGGAAGCGGUGUAUCACCGCACAGCAACCUAUGCUAGUGUAUCAUGAGGGGUGCAUUUGUCAAAUUGAUUGAUAGCGGGGGCGCUAGAUCGCGCAGAAGACCACAGUGGUCAAGUGAAUACUUUUUUUCCGUCACUUGCAGUGCUGCUGACAAGAUACUCUGAAAAUAUUGAAGAAUAUUUAGGACCAUCAGUUCUCUAUGAAAGAACCAGUACUGGUGAAAACUAAAGACAGCAAAGUGCGCACUUGCACUUGGAAGGAAUCUGGCAGAUAUAAACAAUUCAUAUUUUAGAAAGGUGGUCGCGAGCUAAAUGUACGGUUAUAACGUGCUACUGUAGCUACCUGGCUGUUGCUACUUAGUUGGCAGCUGUGGCCUGUAGUUUAAGCUAGCUAACUGAGUAGCAAAAGUUCGCAGGUCCAGUAGCUAUCUUGGUUGCACAAAUGUGAGCCUGCAUUAUAAAUGGAGCUGGAGAAUGAACUAAAGAAAUUCAUCCAGCAACAGAAGGCCAGAGUAGCAGAGGAUACAAAAUCCACCUUACCUGGAAAUAAGGACAAAAGAUCACAAGACCUAUGACCACACACUCAAGGAAAAUAUCCCUCCAUUUAAGUCGUUCACGGCACAAGGGAAAGAGGAGAGUUGCUGUCUAAGUUUACCUUUGGGUAGAGACUAUGAGAGGAAGAAACAGAAGUUACAUCAAGAGCUCCGUCUGGACUACAGACACUUCAUGGCUCAGGAGCAGAUUGCCUUUCUCAGAGCUCCUCCAGACCUCCCUGAUGUUCACUGCAGCCCCAGACCCCCGGUGCACCCUAAGAGGGUCCCCUCUAGGAGAGAGACAGCCACGCUGAAUGAAGGCAAGAGGGGACUGCACAGGGGAGGACACUUCCUGGUGGAGGGCAGUGGGAAGGAGGGCCUGAGGCCUGAGGAUGAGCUGCUCCUUCCUAGAGAGAAGGCCAGGCUGGUGAGAGUGGACUAUGACUCUGAGGAGGACCUCACAGAGGAAGAUCUGGAUCUUAUGGAGAGGAGGAGGCUCAGACAGACUGGGUCUGAGAGAGGAGAAGAGAGGAGGCGGCUAAGAAGACACUACAAAACGGACUUCAGGGACAUAUCAAGGCUCAGGGACAGGAGAGUUGAGCUGCCUGACGACUACACAGAGACGCGUCAUUAUGCAGACAGGAAGGAGACUAACGGGUCUGUUGUUCCCGAUGAGGAUUACUUAGAGGCACGCUGGGGGACAUCAUCUCUAACCCCCAAAGCCAAGCUGCAGGUACCAGCAGGGAUGAAACCCAAUGGAAGAUCCAGAUCCUCUACCAAGAAGAACGAGCCCGAAUUUGCUACAGGACUAAUGAUUGGGGCUGCAGAUGCAGAUGCUGCCUUGCAGAGAAGGAAGGAGAGGUACAGGCAGGAGCUGCAGGAGCAGAUAGCUGAACAGCAGAGGAAUAAGAAAAGAGAGAAGGAUUUGGAGCUCAGAGUUGCUGUGACGGGGUCGACUGACCCGGAGAAACAGGCAGAUUGGAUCAAACCGCUUGGGGCAGUGAAUGGUGACGACCAUUCCAGAAAGAGAAAUGACAGCUUGUACCCACUAGGCCAAGCUGUGGACGUACCAGGUGAUGAGUUAAAUGGGAGACCCAGUGAGGAGAGCCGAGAGAGGCUUCCCCCUGAGCAGCCCCGCGUGGCCUUCCAGUCCCCCCUGCUGGAGUACAGCCACGCCCUGGGCCUCAGCAGUAGAGGCAUCUCCCCUUACAGCCAGGCCAUUCACAGGAACAUGGACACCCCCAGGAUUCCAGGUUUCCUUCCUCAUCCACCAUCCACAUUGGCAGAUGCACAUAGAAGUCCCUAUGACAAGGUCUACCUCUACCAUGGAGCAAGGAAUCCACUGGACCCUAACCCGGCCAACUAUGGUCAGAUCCUGCUGACAGGAAGGGGGCAGCCUGUGUCCUACCUGAGCCUCCCUCCUGCAGGGCCUCACCCCAGCCAGACACAGCACAGCCCUCCUAGUCAGCACAGUGGGAGCAGCCAUCCAGAGCCCCCUCCACACAGACCUGCCAGUGACGCUGCUAUCAUGGGUUCAGGGAUUGGAGGAUUCCCCGCCGAGCAGAUCAAGCCAUCUAAACAGUGUGUGUUAAGUUACAAGGAGGCACUGAGACAACAGGGAGACACCAGGAAAGGGAGCAGUCAGCUUUUUUGCCAGAUCCAGGAUAGACAGGAGCGGCGGAGGCUGGACAGGGAGGAGAGGGAUCGGUACGAGGCCAAGCUGGAGGCCGACAUGAAGAACCACGACCCCUGGGGGAGAGGGGGAGGAGGAGCACCCCUCAGAGACAGCAGGGGCAACCUCAUCACCGAUCUGCACCAGAUGCACAAGCAUAAUGAGGAGGCCUACAUCAACCCUGAGACAUGGCAGAAGAUGGCGACAGCCACCAUGACAGUACUCCGAGAGGAGGACACCAGACCUCCCUCCACCCACAGAGUCUCAGGUUUUGUUCAGGCUCCUUUGUUUGCCAGAGGCAGUGUUUUUGGUAACCGGCCCACACCACAGCAAGUCCACGAACAGGACAAGCACAAGGCUUACCUCAAACAACAGAUUGAAGAGAAGCGGAAGAAGGAGGCGGAGGAGCGAGAGAGCCAGAGGCUGGAGGAGGAGAAGGAGGAGAAGAGGCUGUUUGAGCAGAGGGAGCGCAUCCAGAGAGAGUAUGAAGAAGAACAGGACAGGAAGAAGCGCAAGGAGAUGGAGCAAAAAGCCAAGAAUGAGCAGCUGAUCCGUCUGGCUGAGGAGCGAAAGAAAGAGGUGGAGAGGAAGAAGAAAGAGGCAGAGGAGAAGGAGAACUCUGCCCUGAGGAAGCAGUAUGAGAAGGAGAGACAAGCACGUCUAGAGGAGGUACCAAGGGAGCCGUCUCCCCCCAUCCCCACCCUCCGGAAGAGGUAUCAGGCUCCCCAGUACACCCCCAGACCUCCGUCCAUGGACAGCCGUCGCUCUACUGCAGUCUCCCUGUCUGAGCAUUCUCUAUCAGGGCUCCAGUCCCCUCCAGUCCCAGCCCGCUGGAACCAGCUGCGAGCUGCCGAAGACCAGCGGGGUGUGAUCAGUGAACUGUCGGUGCUGCGCAGACAGCUGCGUAGCGAGCAGAAACGCCUGGAGGUCCAGCUACUGCAGUCAGAGUGGGAGGAGCUGGGCUCACCUAUGAGUGAUAGGCUCAGGGACAGGCCCCAGGUGGAUGUGUUUGACAUGGCCAGACUGCGGCUGCAGGCCCCUGUCAGGAGACCCUCCUCCAGGAACACAGAGCCCAACUACCUGCAUAGGAUCCAUGACUCGCUACAGCUCCAAUACAGAGAUGUUGAUUCCAGAAAGGAGGAAGGUCAUGGUUACUGUGAGCCCCCUAGGGACCGAGCUGGACAGAGGGUGGACAUCCAGAGACGGGCUGGUUACAGGGUGCAGCAGCGCAGGAUCAACAGCCUGAGAGAACCUGUUGACGAUUGUUUUGACCUGGCACCACCCCAGCAACAAGACCAUUAUUUGAGGAAUGCAGUGGGGGAUCCUAUGAGAGGUUGCCUGUUGGAGUCUGACAGUGCUUUCAUUGAUCCCAUGAGGGAAACCUUUCCAGUGCCCCCCACACCUGAGCAGAAGCCCCAGCUCUCAGCCAGGGAGAGGAGGCGGCUGGCCAAGAGGGCAGACCUGCACAAUGAGUGGGUGUGCUCCAGAGAGCCUGUGGACCAGCCAGAGAACUACUCCCACCAGUCAGAGGCCAGUCUCAACACUGAGCAGCAUGGCAGAGGGCAUAACCACCAUAGGACCAAGAGGCUGCCGGCUAUGAGCCACGGAACAGCAGACCUGUCUAGAGAUGAAGAUGCGUCUCCACAGGUUUCCCCUCGUGCCCCAGAACCCCGGUGCUCAGUGGAUAUGGUUGCCAUGGAGCCCUGGAUCAGACCAGGCACCUCAGAGACUCUGAAGCGCUUAAUGACCGGUCAGACCCCCCGAGGGGAGAGGCUGACCAGCAGAAAGUCUGCCGUCCAGGACUGGGAAACCCCCUCUACCCAUCAUAGCUAACCUUACCCCCCCCCCCUCGGGAUGUACUAUUGAUAUUACAGUUUUUCUGCGCAAAAAAUAAUAACACUAACAUUUUUGUGCAGACAAACUCAGUUGUAUUGCAACUGUUGUCAAACGCUUUGUACAUCAGCUGUACAACCGAGUGUUUAGGAGGCCUACGUUUAUACACUGUCAUCACUUGGCUUGAUGCAUCUACGUCAGUGGUCAUGAAGACACAGUAUCUCCUCAACACAGAAGGCUCAUCUGCUUUAGCUUCUAGAUUGAUGUUGACUAACUUAGCCCUUUGCUUUUGUAUCAUGGUCUACCUCUGAAAAUGCCUCUUGUUAAUUUGCUUCUUGUGAAAAACGCAUAGAUUGUACCUUCAUGAAAAAUAUGCAGAUUGUCUGAGAAUGGUAGGCAACUCCAUUCCUAUAAGGACAGUGUGUGCAGGCAUUUUCUCCAGUCAAGCACUAUUGAAGUUGAUUAGUUAGAUCAGUUAAGCCUGCCUGUUGCCAUCCUCUGAAAGGCGUAUUAGAAAGUGAUCUAGGGUUGCCUUAGCCUGAUGUCCUGAACUGUUCCAAAGACUAAUAUUUAUUCAUUGUAUAAUAAUGGCACUACCUUUAAUGUAACUUGUGUUAAUGGCAUGUUUUAAAAUAUGUGAAAAUGUGACCUCAUUUUCAACCUAAUUAAAUUAUUUUAGAUAA